UCUGGCGCAUGCUGCCAUUUUCGGCGGCUUUAACACCGCCAUCCGGCGGAGAUCACCCGUUCCAGGGGCAUCCGGGAUCUGGGUACAUGCCGCCCCGUUUCGAACCUAGAUGGAGGACUUCGCAACCAACAAGCCUGGAUUCAAAGCUACAGAAAGGAAGGACAGAGCAGGAAAAGGAUGUGGGAGCGCAGACUACAGCUUAAAAUAUCUAUAUGGGGGCGUCUAGAACUCGGA